GGACAGCAAACGGAUGGAUUCUUGCCGCCUCCUGCAGCACCCUUAUCCACAGCCGCUCCCUCUCCCUCCCCCUCCCCCUCCCCCUCCCCCGAGCUCUACUCCCCGACCCACCCACCACCAAUGGGGCCUCCGCCGCCGCCUCAGGCGAGUCGCUGCCUCCGCGGCGACCCUGCAGAGGGAACUCGCCGUGCCACGCGCUCCAACAGCCGCGCAAAACGCUGGCCCGGCGAACCCGCCUGCCCUGUUCGGCAGAAUGCCCGAGAGGACCGUCGCGACGGUUUCCCCGGCUGGUGACCUGUUCUACGAAAUGCCUCGGACGUGCGGCGAGGGCGAGGGCGGGGGCCAGCGUGGUCGGCCUGGGGAAGCGCCUCGGGACGGCGGCGGGAAGAGCGCGAGCGCGGCGAUCGUGGGGCUGGCGCAUGCCGGUAGGCACGCGGAGGUCGUCGACCUCUUCCACCGGAUGCGGAGGAGCGGCGCGCCCGUAAGCAGGUUCGUUCUCCCGAGCGUGCUCGCGGCUUGCGCCGGCCUGCGGGACAUCAGGAUGCUCCGAGCCGUGCACGCCCUGGUCAUCAAGCGGGCCUUGUGCCAGCAUGUCAUCGUGGGCACUGCAUUGGUUGACGCGUAUACGGAUUUUGGGUUGAUGGAUGAUGCAAGGAAGGUGUUCGAUGAGAUAGCAGACACCAAUAUAGUUUCUUGGAGUGUGCUCAUUGGCGGCUAUGUCCGCUCUUCUCGGUGGGAAGAAGCAUUGGAUGCUUUCUCUGCAAUGCAGCAUGCUGGGGUGCUUCCAAACGAUUCUGUUCUUGUAAUGACGAUUCAGGCGUGCAGUGCAUUGGGACGCCUGGUACAUGGGAAGCAGCUGCAUGCGCUAGCAGUUGUCCUUGGAUUUGAAAGGAAUGUCACUGCUUGGAACUGCGUCAUUGACAUGUAUGGGAAGUGUGGUGACGUUGACAGUUGCAGGAUGGUUUUUGAGACGAUGAUUGGCAGGGAUCAGGUGAGCUGGAACUCAAUAAUCUCAAGUUAUGCCCGUCUUGGUCUAUGUGAAGAGGCACUUGACAUGAUUGUGCAGAUGCAAGAGUCCGGUUUCAUUAUCGAUCGCUUCACCCUUGGUAGUGGAGUCACAGCUUGUGCCUGUUUGGCCGACAUAGAUAGUAGCCGUGCAUUCCAUGGUUAUUUGGUUAGAAGACUGUUGGAUACUGAUGUCAUCCAGGGUAGUGCUCUUGUUGACAUGUAUGGAAAAUGCAGCAACACGGAAUCUGCACGCUUGGUAUUUGACAGGAUGGAUGAGAGGAAUUAUGUAUCAUGGGAUGCACUCUUAUCUGGGUAUGUUGAUGAUGGGCAGGUUGAUUUAGCACUUGAGAUUUUCCGGAAAAUGGGAUGUGCAAAUCUAAAAUAUAACCAGCAUACCUUUGCUAACCUUCUUAAGCUCUGCGGCAGUCAGAGGUAUAAAGAGUAUGGAAGGCAAAUUCAUGCACAUGCCAUUAAGACUAUAGAGAAGAUGAAUGUAGUUUUGGAAACUGAGCUUAUUGAUAUGUAUGCAAAGUGUGGUUGCAUUGAGGUUGCUCGGUUACUAUUUCUUCAGAUGAACGAGAGGAACCUUAUAUCCUGGAAUGCCCUCCUUUCUGGUUAUGCAGGGGAUGGACAGCCAGUUGCAACAAUAAAUAUUUACCGCCAAAUGGAACUGGCAUGCAUUAGGCCUGACAAAUACACUUUGGCAGGGCUUUUAAGCCUUUGCCGAUACCAAGGACUUUUGCAUUAUGGAAGGCAGAUACAUGCUCAUCUCAUCAAGAUAGGUUCUGAAAUGAACGUGGUAAUACAAACUAUACUUGUUCAUAUGUAUAUCAAAUGCGGGCGUCAGCAGGACGCUGAAAAUGUUUGUGCCAUGAUCAAAGAAAGGAAUUCUUAUGUGCUUGAUGCAUUUUCAAAGGUCUAUGGAGAUGGCUACUUGAUCUGAAGAAAAGAAAUUUUCUUAUUUUACACUGGAGUUACAAUGAUUGGGAAUACCUUUGUCUUCGUUGUGGAUACACAUCUUAGAUGCAGCUAUUGUACUUCAUGUAUACUAAGGUUAAGUAGUUUUUCACCACUAACUUUAUGAUUGUUCGUGGAAAAGGAAGGUGCCCCGCCCAAAAAAGAGGGUGAUAGUAGACAAGAGUAGUUGUCAAAUAGAGUAUAUAAUCUCUCAGAUUAUGCCUUCAGACUGGUCUGCUUAUGCUUAUGCACUUGUAUGUGCUAAUGAACAGCUGGUUGAUAGUUGUAUAUAAGGUUCAUUAUUCAUGCACUUUUAUGUGCUAAUGCACGCCCCCCAAAAGAGGGCGAUUGUGAACUGUGUUGUUUUUCAGCUUACAUGACUGUUUGUACGUGGUUGACUCUAGACAGGGGUUUCAAAGAUCCACUUGUAGCCACCAGAUUUCAUCAGUGUCAUCUGAUCAUAGUGGAAAGUAGACAAGUUCAUGCUGGAGAGUGCAGACUGAGGUAGAGGGUUUUAGUUACUGAAUGAUCUAAUGCCAAACGCUGUUUUGUUCUCUCUCGUUUACAGGGGUUACAUUUAUAUGUGG